GAAAAAGACUCUUUCUCUAUCUCUCAACCUCUCGUUUCAUCCGUCACCAUUAUCUCUUUACACUGUUACACUAUUCUCUGCAUCUCUAAAUUAUCCUCUUCCAUGGCUGAUGCUAAUUACGAGCCUUACCAUGUCCUCCAACAUAGCCGACAAGAUAGACUUCGGAAUCCUUCUCUUGACUCCCACUUCCACUUUCACCACCCUCCUCCUCCUUCUUCUUCCGGCGGAGGCGUGUUUCUUCCCGCCGAUCCCGAUUUCCUCGCCGCCGGUGGAUAUCACUCCAACAACAACAGCAACCACAUAUCCAACCCUAGCUACAGUAACUUCAUGGGAUCUCUUGGUGGCCCAUCUUCCUCUUCAUCCACUGGACUUUGUUCUGGUGACGUUCUUGUAUUCAACCCCGAGCCUUUAUCCCUAUCUUUAUCAUCUCACCCUAGGCUCGCUUACGAUGUAGUCGUUCCGGGUGUUGUUAACUCCGGAAUCUGUAGAUCCGCCGCUGAAGCCGCGGUCACCGUCGCGUCGAGAAGCUCAGGUCCUCUAGGACCUUUCACUGGCUACGCAUCCAUUCUUAAAGGAUCAAGGUUCUUAAAACCAGCACAGAUGCUUCUUGAUGAGUUUUGUAACGUGGGACAUGAGGUUUACACCGACAAAGUCAUGGACAACGACGACGCUUCUUCUUUGCUUUUCGACCCGACGGUUGAGACUCUCUGCGCCGGCGGAGAACAUGGGAAGAAAAAAUCAAAACUCAUCUCCAUGCUCGACGAGGUUUACAAGAGGUAUAAGCAAUACUAUGAGCAGCUUCAAGCUGUGAUGGGCUCAUUCGAAUGUGUAGCAGGACUCGGGCACGCAGCUCCUUAUGCAAGCUUAACUUUAAAGGCAUUAUCUAAGCAUUUCAAGUGUCUGACGACUGCUAUAACAGACCAGCUUCAAUUUAGCACCAAUAACAAGAUACAGCAACAAUGUGGCCAUGUGAUGAACUCUGACAAUAAAACCGACUCUUUUCGAUUUGAAGGAAGUGAUAGUGGUAGAGGCUUGUGUUCUGCUGGUCAAAGACAUGGACUUCCUGAUGACCAUACUCCUGUAUGGAGACCACACCGUGGCCUACCCGAACGUGCCGUCACUGUUCUAAGGGCGUGGCUCUUUGAUCAUUUCUUGCAUCCUUAUCCAACUGAUACAGACAAACUCGUGUUGGCUAAACAGACAGGUCUCUCCAGAAACCAGGUAUCGAAUUGGUUCAUAAACGCACGAGUUAGGGUUUGGAAACCGAUGGUGGAAGAGAUUCAUAUGCUGGAGACUCGACAAUCUCAAAGAUCUUCUUCUUCUUCUUGGAGAGACGAACGUAGCACCACUACAGUUUUCCCCGAUAACAUUAACAACAACCCUCCCUCCGGGGCUCAACAAAGAGCUAAUAACAACUCAUCUCCGCCUAGAAGGGUGCGAAACGACGACGUUCAUGCCAACACCAACAACGAUAAUAACAACUUCAUGAACGCUGGAAAUGGUGGGAGAGGAGGCGGUGGCGGGGUUAGGUUCUCCUAUGGUAUUGAGUCGUCGAAUGUUCCGGGGAUGAGUAGCAGCACAAAAGGAGGAGUGUCGUUGACGUUAGGGCUUCAUCAUCAAAUUGGGUUGUCGGAGCCCUUGCCAAUGACAACUGCUCAGAGGUUUGGACUUGACGGUGGCAGUAGUGGUGGUGGAGGAGAGGAGUUUUACGGUGGUGGUGGUAGGUAUGAUGGGCAAAAUCGUCAGUUUGGGAGAGAUUUCAUUGGUGGUAGUAAUCAUCAGUUUCUACAUGAUUUUGUAGGAUGAGAUCAUUUGUGAGGGAAGACAAAAAAUGUUUGACGUUUGACUGUAUUUGAUAGUUGAGAACUUGUAAUGCAUAUGAUGUGUAUAUUAUGAUGCUUGACAAAUGGAAUAUUUCUAGGGAGUUAAGUUGAACUGAAAACUGAUCUGUGCAUGAAUAAUGUCUAUUAUCAGCAUUUAGAA